CACCAAUCGAACUAGAAAAUGUAUUCAAUGGACGCGUUGGACGUGAAUCAGAAAGUCGGGUUGUUUACACCACAGCUGUCUACCAGCUGCAGAUAUCUACCAAGUCGCACCCUGCGCAAUGAACAGAGUCACUCCACGCUGGCUCUUCCUCAUCCUCUCACGAACAACAGUCGGGACAGAACAACAACUUGACGAGAACCUUUGUUCUAGACACCACACACACGCCAAAGACUCGAAAGUCACACUCCUUGAAAGCGAACCAGAAUGACCCGCCUUGGAAUUCAGUCCCUUGUUUUGGGCCUGGCGUGGCUCCAUGCCGUCCUUGCCCUCCAGUCCCUCUCGCAGGGUUGCCAGCCCAUGGACGGUCAGUUUUACAGCGAGGAUGCAGUAGGCUUCUACUGCUUUCCAGAGGACUCCGCGCUCACUUUCAACUACACGUAUUCUCUGUAGGCCGUCCCCAUUCGACAUGCUUCGAUGCACUACUUACACAGGCCUAGGAUCGAACUCCGAUACUGCGUUGGAAAUAAUGCCGGCUCUCUCAUCGGAUACGACGAGUAUGUUCCUAACCUGCCAUGUACCUAUGCAGGUACUGACCGUAGAAGUGGCAACUACCAAGACACCUGUGAGGGCUGCAUACUCCAGAGUGUCCGAAGCAAUGACUACCGAACUUGCUUCCUCAAAUGCAACUGCCACGACAUGAACAAGCAACUCAAGGAGACGAUUCUUGAUCUGAACAAUGUCCUUUUCAAUGACAACGGUCGCCUCGGGUGUUUUGGACACCGCGGAACCAAGGAUAUGGCUUCCCCUGAGUGCCACAAGAACAUCGAAUGCUCAACUGGAGCACCAAGAUUGACGCCUAGGGCUGAGCCUACACGAGGCUCAACCUGAUGCGACUUGGCUUUGCGGGUUGCCAAGCGGUACAAUCUCACAGGGAAUGGAGGGGUGCAUCUGAUGAUUAGGAACGAAACAAGCUUCUCCCCUGUGGAGAAGAACGCGGCAGUAAGGCUAGGCUCUUGCGGGAUAGGGCAGUGGAUGAUUGUCGACGAUAGGAAAUUAACAAGAAGAAUGUAAAGGAGCUCUCUGCGGCAACUAUGUGCCGACAGUGGAAGUGUGUGCUAGUCGAGGGAGGAAUAUUGGACGUCAAGACAUAGGUCG